AUGAUCAUGAACGCGUGCAAGAGAAUGUUGCCCGGCCUGCGCUCCGUCGCAAACAAGUCGGCAGUUGUCCGGGCGCGGAGCUUUUCGGUCUCUCCCUUCAUGAAGGAAGCGGCGCACACUCUGCCUACGAAGAAGCCCGUGGGCGCGUUUCGCGGGGGUCUGUUCGGAUUCCUUACUGGCGCGAUUGCUGCCAGCGCCGGAGUCUAUUUCUAUGUCCUGGGCGAGUACAGGAUCGCAAACGAGAUGCUGACAGAAGAUAUCAUCGCUCUUCAAGGAGCUACACAAAAGCUGCAGACGUACAUUGGUGAACUAGAAAGGAAGGUGGACCAGUUGCAGAAGAAGAAAUAA